AUGGCCACUGCUGUUCUACCAAAUGAUGACUUUUACACAAACACCGAUGAUAAAUGUCUCGAAAUAUUCUCACUUAUUUGGCUCGAUGCGAAUAUAAACGUUAAAGAUACUCGAGAUACAGAAAUGAAGUUGCGUUUUAUUAUUAAUCAUAUCAAGAAAUUUAAAGAUGUAAAACAAUGUCAACAUUAUAUUGAACAAACAUCACAAAAAGAUCGAUUAAUACUUAUUGUUAGUGGUCGAUUCGGACGAGAAUUAGUACCCUACAUUCAUCAACUUAGACAAGUUAUAUCAAUUUAUGUUUAUUGUAUGGAUAAGAAUAGUAAUGAACAAUGGGCUCUAAAAUUUGUAAAAGUCAUAUCCGUUGUAGUUGAUCUUGAUGAACUUGUCUCUCAAAUUACAAGAGAUCAUAAAAUUCAGAAAAAGGUAGAAGAACCAUUACCAAUUUAUACUUUCACAACAAAUGUUGAUGCAGGAAAUUCAACAACAGGUGUUAAUGGACAAUUUGUUUUUUCUCAGGUUCUUAUUGAUUGUCUUUUACGAUUAAAAUCAACUGAAAUAGACAAAAAUGAGCUUAUUAAUUGUUGUCAAAAUGAAUAUGAAGGGAAUUCUUGGCAGUUAAAUAAUCUUCAUGAAUUUGAAAAAGAUUAUACACCUGAUAAAGUUGUAUGGUGGUACACAAGAGAAUCAUUCUUUUAUAAAACUCUUAAUGCAGCUUUACGUACACAAAAUAUUCAUAUGAUUUUUUUAUUUCGUACAUUUAUUUAUGAUAUUUAUCGCCAAUUGCAAAAAUAUCAAUCUAAACAUCCUUUGCAAGUUUAUCGAAGUCAACUAAUGUCGUGGGAUGAGUUAGAUAGUCUUAAAAAUAAUAUUGGCCAGUACAUUUCUAUAAAUUCAAUGUUUUCUACUAGUAAACAACGUACAACAGCUCUCUUUCUCCUGGGUGAUAUAACUACAAAGAGUGAUUUAGAACGAGUAUUAUUUGAAAUUGAUGCUGAUCCUAAGAUAGCCACUACAAAACCAUUUGCUGAUAUUAGUAAACAUAGUUAUUUUCCAGACGAAUCAGAAGUUCUCUUUAUGAUUGGUUCCAUUUUUCGUCUUAAUAAUAUUAAACGUAAUGGUGACCAAAUAUGGAUCAUUAAAAUGACUUUAUGUAAUGAUAAUGAACAUGAUUUAAAACAAGUUCUUAUGUAUAUGAAACAACAAAUUGAAAAUGAAGAAAUAAAUCUUCGAACAUUAGGAAAUGUAUUAUGGGAAAUGGGUAAAUUUGAUUUAGCUGAAAAAUAUUUUAUUCGUUUGUUGAAACAGCUUCCAUCGGAUGAUCCAUUACAUAUCAGUUUAUAUGAAGAUCUUGGUAAACUCGCAUCACAGAGAGGUGCUUAUGAUAUGAGUAUGAAAUGGCGUCAAAAACUACUUACAUUCAAAGAGGAAAAUCUAUUAGCUACCAAUGCUAGUGUUAAUAAAACAAACAAUUCCAUCGAUGAGCCCGAUAAAAUGCAUGUAGCUCCACAUAACGGCUAUUCGAUUAAAAAUACAAGAGAAUUCAUCAUCAGGUAUGGACCUUAUUUACGAACAACAUUGAAAAUUACUCAGGUCCUACUCAAACUUGAAAGUUUUGUUAUUCCACAAUUGGAUAGUGUGUCAGACCCUGUUGAUACCGAUAUAGAUACGAUGUUACCGAUACUUGAUAAGCAAAAAGAGAUGGAACAGCAGUUAAACUUGGUUGGGAAAUUACUCGACCGAGUCGACCAUCGAUGGGCACAGCCAAAGUCCACAAUAUUCGGACAACAUAAGUCACGUGGAGUGCCACUUCAAGGAGCAGAUCUGCGCGAUGUUGAAACAUAUCUGAGCGUUGUCGAUAAUAAACAUAGUUUAGGAAACCUGUACCGAACAGUCACCGUUGAUGGACAUGUGCAUUGGGUGUGCCGAGAGCACUAUGAUGAUAUCAGCUUUAAUAAUGCGAUGUUCAAAUAUAUCGAUCAGUUGGAAGCCAUGGGAGGUGAAUUCGAUACGAAAACCAAAGAAGCAGUAGUGAGUUCAAAGGAUUUGAGUAGAAAGAGUGUCAAAAUAUUGCGUAAAGCUCUCACCAAAGGUUUCAAUGUUCUGAAAUUGACAUUUAAAGAGUGUACACUGAAGGAAGAUGAUCUUGCCAAGUUACUUAAUGUUGUCAUUAAUCGCUCUUCGGUUCGGUGUCUUAACAUGUUUGCAGUUUGUGUUUCAAAUCUGCUUGGAAAUACGAAGUAUGUCUGCAAGUGCAUGACUGCAGAAUUCAAUAAUCAAUCUUUUCAAGUUCGCUUCUGCGACAGUUACCAAGAUGGACAUACGUCAAUGCUUACUCAACUCUUGCAGCAAAACAAGAUACGUCGAAUGUUCGAUUUUUCUGCUUCUGACUUUAUGGGCCACGAACGUGAACUUCAGAAGUGCUUUGAAACGAAAGGAAUGGUGACAGGAUUGAUUAUGGAACAUUCCAACAAUAUUGAUGUCAUAGAUGCUCUGUUUAAUUCUAAAAUGAAAACAUUAUAUCAAUUAAAAUUCAACAAUUCGUUGCAGGUACCAUCGACUUUAUCUCGUUUCUGUGAAAUGUUGAAAACCAAUCAAACACUAAAAGAAAUCGAUAUUAUGGAUCAGACUGGUUUCGAAGACGAAACUUUCAUUGUUAAUCUUUUGAAUACUGUGAAAGAACAUAAAUCAAUCAAGCAUCUCAGUCUGCAUGUAAAAAAUAUUCAACAAUCGGAUCGAAAAGAAGCUAGUCUGAGUGAAUCAUUGAAAAAUCAUCAAUUUAUUUCACGACUCCAACAAUCAGUUCUUUUCAAUCAUAUUAAUAUCAACACCAAAUGGAAACAACAUGGAAUUACUAUUGCUGGAGGAAAUGGACGAGGCAAUCAAUUAAAUCAACUCUCUCGUCCUCAAGGUAUCUAUGUGAAUGAUGAUCAUCAAACUAUUUAUAUUGCUGAUUUCGGGAAUGAUCGUAUCGUUGAAUGGAAAUAUGGAGCAAAGAAUGGUCAAGUUGUUGCAGGUGGGAAUGAAAAAGGAGAUCGAAGCGAUCAAUUGAAUUAUCCAACAGAUGUGAUUGUUGACAAAAAGAAUAAUUCUCUCAUCAUUUGUGAUUAUGGAAACAAACGAUUAGUACGAUGGUCUCGUCAAAAUGGUGAAAAUGGAGAAACAAUCAUUUCCGAUAUUCAUUGCUAUGGUCUGACAAUAGAUAAGAAUGUAGAUCUUUACGUCUCUGACUAUGUGAAAAAUGAAGUGAGACGAUGGAAACAAGGAGAGAAAGAAGGAACAAUAGUAGUACGUGGAAAUGGAAAAGGAAAGCAUCUCAAUCAAUUCCAUUGCCCUACUCAUAUCUUCGUUGAUAAAGAUCAUUCAGUUUAUGUAUCGGAUUCUUUUAAUAAUCGUGUAAUGAAAUGGAUGAAAGGUGCAAAAGAAGGUAUUGUUGUUGCUAGUGGAAAGGACGAAGGAAAUAGUUUGACACAGUUGUCUUCUCCCUAUGGGUGUGAAGGAUCUUGUGAAGGUAGUAUUGUUGUUGGUGAAAAUGGAAAAGGAGCAAAACCAAAUCAGUUUCGUUAUCCUACAGAUUUAUCAUUCGAUGUUCAAGGUAAUCUCUAUGUUGUCGAUCACGGAAAUCAUCGAAUACAAAAAUUUUAUAUUGAUUUGAAUUAA